AUGGCUGGCUGCACUCCAGAGGAGAUCCAGAGUCGGUUUGUCAAAGCAAUUACACCAUACAAAGAGUUCAUUGAUCAAUUUCAAGCAGCUUUAUUGCUCAAGAACAUCAAAUUCUUUGUAGCAAUUAUGGUUACAGUUAUUGGUUUGAUCACAAUCUUUGGUUUACUUAUUAGAUCAUCCAUUCCAAAUCUUGUUGUUGCAAUUAUUGCAAUUCCAAUCUUAGAAUUAUUCUAUUGCUUUGAUGCACAUCUCAAAGUAAAGAAAUUAUACAUUGCUGAGAUCCCACAAUCAGCUGAAGGUGCUCUUGAUCGUCUUUGGACACUUGAAGAAAUCAUUGCCCUUGUUUGGAAGCCAGCACUUAUGAUUUGGCGUUUCGGAUUCUUCGUUUAUGCUACAUUUGUAUGUCCAAACCCAGUAGAUACAAUCGCUUUCAUUUUAAUGUGCAUUCUCCUUUCAUUUGUGAACAAGUUCAUCAACUUCUUUGUUCUCUUCUCUGUUCUUCUUGUUCUUGCUCUUGUCGCACCAGCAAUUCUUGUUAAAACACCAGCUGGUGAAAAACUUAGAGAAUUCCUUAACAAAAAGAAGGAAAAAGCUGAAUAA